AUGGCAAAGAUGGCCAAGAUCACAACCCUUUUCUUGACGUCUCUCCUCCUCCUCUGUGCAAUCUCGUCCUGCUUUGCUCGCCCUGAGCCGGUGUUUCCCGAUGUUACUCCGGUCGAGACUAAACUUGUGGGUGUUGAAACGAAUGAAUUGUUGGAUGAGAGCUGCAAAGGUGUUGGUGAAGAAGAAUGCUUGGUGAGGAGGACUCUGGCUGCUCACCUCGACUAUAUCUACACCCAAAAGCAUAAUCCUUGAACUUAGUUCUCUUUGUUAGUGAUGGGA